GUUUCAGUUGCUGUGUAGCUGCCGAGACAAAAGUUGUUUCUAACAGAGUGAAUCAUAUAAAAACCUCGACCCCCCAGCGCUAAAACAGUUAAACACGCUCGUGCGCUUCAUAUUUGGCUACAAGCAAACACUCUUAGAACCCAUCGUUUCUUCCCUACUAUUAUUAUUAACCCUAUUUCGGGAAAAAGUAAAUCAUACUGCGUUAAACAAUGGCCGCUAGCAAUGCUUCGUCCGCCGUGCUGACUCCCGCCGAAGUCCUUGCAAAGAGUCAAUUCGACCUAUUCCCGACCGCUCCGUAUGAUCAUAAUAGCAAUAAUCCAUUAGCUAUGCAGCCUCUUUUGGAAGAUCAAUCGGCAUGGAUGAUGAUGAAUUUGAAUUCAACUCCAGUUCGACACCUUUCACUUGAUCGAGGCCGUCCAGCGGUAGACAUAUCACACCAUCGUCGACAUACUAUGCCUGCUGGUCUUUCCAAUGCCUUCGAUGAAGUCGCCCCAGCCCUAUUGCCUACUACGGAAAUGGAUGCACUCACAUUACCCGGUUACUAUCCGGCCAUGUUUGUCGACGCGCUGCCCUCACCUCCAUUUAUGGAUACGAGUGGCCCAUCUAGCCUGCACUCCAGCCUGCAGCCCAGCCUACAAUCCAGUAAAGCCUCGUCUCUCGCCAGCAGUCCUAAAACAAUUUCCUCCGCCUCCUCCGUCAAGCCUGCUGGAAGACGUAAGUCUUCGCAUAGCUCUGUGGCUGCCGCAGUGGCUUUGACAGUUCAUGAGCCCACCACGCAUUUUAUCAACGAUAUCGAACAUCUGACCUUUAUGUAUUCUCAUGAUCGUCAUAUCAAGCAAUACACCAUUCGAGUCGAUAUUGACGAUGUCGAUCUCAGUGAAAUUGAUGACGAAUUUAGACUAGCAAGCGCGGUCUAUCCUAGAGCCAACGUGCCAUUAGAUGAAUAUACUGGCAACCGAUGGGAGUAUGAGACCUCAUGCAACAAAUUGGGUUGGCAAUUAGCUCAUAAAAACUGCGAAACACUCUUUGGCCGAAGAGGUCUUAUUCAACGUGCUGUCGAUUCCUAUCGUAAUCGUCAUCGAGAACUCCGAUCGCGAAGAGUGACACGCCAAGAAAAAAUCGCGAAUGGAACGUUAAGAAAGCGACAAGCAAAGCGACGCAAACAGAAGUCACUACGAUCACCUUCUGCUGAACUAUAAAGGUUCACGACAUAGAAUUUGCUUUGUGAUCAACGACAUACCGCCGUGUGCCAGCUC